AUGAAGCAGCGUGGUGAAAUCUCAGAUGGGGAGUGGCAGUAUUUCCUUGGAGGAGGCGCUUCUUUGGAAAGGGACUAUGCAGAUCGGCCAGAUGUGCCAUGGCUAAGUGAGUUUUACUGGCAGACAUGCUGCGAGCUAGAAGACAAACUGCUCUGCUUCAAGGAUAUUUCUAAAGAAAUCACCAGAACCCAUAUCCAUAUCAAGCUUGGACGUUUCCAAGCAUCUAUUAAUCCUGAGAUCUGGGAAGGCUAUGUAUCAGACUUGCCUCCUAUCUGGAAGUCCAAAGAGAAGAAACAACAAAUAAAAGGUUACUGGAAUGAGAGACUGGGGACCUUCCAAAAGCUAAUUCUUAUUAAAAGCUUCAUGGAAGAGAAGGUGGUGUUGGCAGCAACUGAGUUUGUGAUUGUUACCUUGGGAAAGCAAUUUGUGGAAAACCCUCCAGUGGACCUGGCUAACCUCUACAAUGACAUUAUCCCCUCCACCCCACUGGUCUUCAUCCUCAGUACAGGAUCUGAUCCCAUGGCUGCCUUCCAGCGUUUUGCAACUGACAGAGGAUGUCUUGACAGGCAAAAGAAGUCAUAA